AGGGCACACGCAGCACCACCCAAAUUUGUCAAGGUGGGCAAAAAAUCCAAGCCGAAGCUGGUCAGCGUACGAUCUUCGACCUCACACAUCAACGACCGACGUCCGAAUCGCAAAAAUGGUCAACGUACCCAAGACCCGCAAGACCUACUGCGCUGGCCGCUCUUGCGGCAAGCACACCCUCCACAAGGUCACCCAGUACAAGGCCGGCAAGGCUUCGGCUUUCGCUCAGGGAAAGCGCCGUUACGACCGCAAGCAGUCCGGUUACGGUGGUCAGACCAAGCCCGUCUUCCACAAGAAGGCGAAGACCACCAAGAAGGUCGUCCUCAGACUGGAGUGCUCCGUCUGCAAGCAGAAGAAGCAGCUUCCCCUCAAGCGCUGCAAGCACUUCGAGCUUGGUGGUGACAAGAAGACCAAGGGCGCUGCUCUCGUCUUCUAAACGCCUUCCAUGGGAAGAAUGCGGUGGUAGCGAGGUUGAGAAGCCGGCAAUGGUUUUCUUGACUGGUCUUGCAUGGGUUUUGCGUGUUGUGGCGUCGAAGUCAACGGACUGGCUUCGAUGUUGGCACGGAAAAGUUGGUCUUUGAGGUACAUGUACAA